AUUUGAAAUAAAAUUAUUUUGCAAUUGGCAUAAUUUAUUUUCAAUCAUUUUAAAUAAACAGGAAAUAGCUCAAUUAUUUGUCGAUAACUUACCGACAAAGGAAUAAAUACCCAAAAAAAAAAGAUAGAAAAUGCCACGCUUCAUUGUUCCAUCAAAAAAAUCAUUUAUUUAUUAUUAAAAAAAAACACAAUUAUAAUUUAUAUAUGUAUAAAUAACACUGGUUAUAUUGUUUAAUGUUCAAUUUUGUUAUUAUUAAAUAAAAUCAACUAUAAAGGUGGAUUACAAUAAUUAAAGUAAUAAGGAAAAAAUGGUUUCCUUAAUAAAAGUCAAGGGUCUUCAAAUGUCUUCCCAAAAACAGGAGACACUUUUAAAAUUGACAGUUUUAUCAUUAGCAGCUGUUUUAUCAUUUGCAACAAGAUUAUUUUCAGUAUUACGUUAUGAAAGUGUAAUACAUGAAUUUGAUCCAUACUUUAAUUAUAGAACAACAAAAUUUUUAACUGAACAAGGUUUUUAUAAUUUUCAUAAUUGGUUUGAUGAUAGAGUAUGGUAUCCACUUGGUCGUAUUAUUGGUGGUACAAUAUAUCCUGGUUUAAUGAUAACAUCAGCAACAUUAUACAGUUUAUUACAAACAUUAAACAUUCCAAUAGACAUACGUAAUGUUUGUGUUUUUUUAGCACCAUUAUUUUCAAGUUUUACAACAAUUGUAACAUAUUUAUUAACAAAAGAACUUAAAGAUUCAGCAUCUGGUUUAUUUGCUGCAUCAAUGAUAUCAAUUGUACCUGGUUAUAUAUCACGUUCAGUUGCUGGUUCAUAUGACAAUGAAGGAAUUGCAAUAUUUUGUAUGUUAUUUACAUAUUACAUGUGGAUUAAAGCUGUUAAAAGUGGUACAAUAUUAUGGUCAACAUGUGCUGCACUUGCAUAUUUUUAUAUGGUAUCAUCAUGGGGUGGUUAUGUAUUUUUAAUUAAUUUAAUACCACUUCAUGUACUAACAUUAAUGGUUACCGGUAGAUUUUCACAUAGAAUAUAUAUUGCAUAUAGUAUAUUAUAUUGUAUUGGUACAGCAUUAUCAAUGCAAAUAUCAUUUGUUGGUUUUCAACCAGUACAAAGUUCAGAACACAUGUUGGCAUUUGGUGUAUUUGGAUUAUGUCAAAUUCAUAGUAUUGUUGAUUAUUUACGUAGUAAAUUAACACAAAAUGAUUUUGAUAUAUUAUUUAAAGCACUUGUUAUUAUUAUGUUAACAUUAUCUGGUAUUGUUGGUUGUAUAUUAACAAUAACUGGUAAAAUAUCACCAUGGACUGGACGUUUUUAUUCAUUACUUGAUCCAUCAUAUGCUAAAAAUCAUAUACCAAUAAUAGCAUCAGUAUCAGAACAUCAACCAACAUCAUGGAGUUCAUUUUAUUUUGAUUUACAAAUAUUAGUAUUUUUAUUUCCUGUUGGUUUAUAUAUUUGUUUUUCAAAAUUAACUGAUUCAAAUAUAUUUUUAAUUUUAUAUGGUGUUACAAGUUUAUAUUUUGCUGGUGUUAUGGUACGUUUAAUGCUUGUACUAGCACCAGUUAUGUGUAUACUUGGUGGUAUUGGUGUAUCAUCAUUGCUAUUAAUAUACAUGAAACAAAUUAGCAAUCAUAAUAACAUUAAUAACAAGUCAAUUGAUAAAAAAAGUUUACGUAAAUUUGAUAAUAAUUAUGUUAUGAAAAAUGAAUUUGCAAUGUUAUUUGUUGCAAUAAUGUGUAUAUUAUUUUUUUCAUAUACAUUACAUUGUACAUGGGUUACUGCUGAGGCAUAUAGUUCACCAAGUAUUGUAUUAUCAGCAAGAUCACCAGAUGGUGGACGUAUGAUAUUUGAUGAUUUUAGAGAAGCAUAUUAUUGGCUACGUAUGAAUACACCUGAAGAUUCAAAAAUAAUGUCUUGGUGGGAUUAUGGUUAUCAAAUUACUGAAAUGGCUAAUAGAACAAUACUUGUUGAUAAUAAUACAUGGAAUAAUACACAUAUAUCACGUGUUGGACAAGCUAUGGCUAGUUCAGAAGAUAAAGCAUAUGAAAUAAUGCGUGAAUUAGAUGUUAAUUAUGUGUUGGUUAUAUUUGGUGGUCUUACUGGUUAUUCAUCUGAUGAUAUUAAUAAAUUUUUAUGGAUGGUUAGAAUUGGUGGUAGUACUGAAGAAGGAAAAACAAUUACUGAAUAUGAUUAUUAUAAUCCAUCUGGUGAAUUUAGAGUUGAUAAAGAUGGAUCAUCAACUUUAUUAAAUUGUCUUAUGUAUAAAUUGUGUUAUUAUAAAUUUGGACAAGUUUUUACUGAAGGAGGAAAACCAUCUGGUUAUGAUCGUGUUAGAAAUAUGGAAAUUGGACAUAAAGAUUUCGAAUUGGAUACUCUUGAAGAAGCCUAUACAACUGAACACUGGCUUGUCAGAAUUUACAAAGUUAAAGAUUUAAAAAAUCGAGGAAAUUAAGAGAGAUUUUUCAAUAUUUAUAAUCUCAACUGGUGAAUAUUAUUUUGGCCAAGUGCAUUUCUAAAAUUUUUUUACAAACAUUACUCAGUCAUAAUUAUUCACUAUUUACUACUUAAUCAAUUCCUUAAUUCAAUGGUAGUACAAAGUACUAAAUAACAUUGCAAUUAUAAUAAUAAUAAUAAUAUUUUUUAUCAUAAAAAUAAAAAAAAUUUAAUUACUUUUUUCGAUGACGCACAAUUGAAACGUGAUUAAUUAAUGUGUUCGAUUUAACUGAUAAAACGGAGAAUUUAAUUUAAAAAAAAAAAACAAAACAAUAUUAAUAAUAAUGAUAAUAAUAAUACGUAUUUUGAUUUUAUAUUUUUGAAAAUAUGAUUUUUCUUGUAAAAAAAAAAAAAAAAAAGAAAAUAAUAAAAAAAAAACAA